AAUAGUUUCUUUUUUUAUUUUAUUUUAUUUUUAUUUUUAUUUUUAUUUCUGUUUUCUUCCUAAACAAUGUAUUCCAUCUGGGGCAAAAAGUCAAAAGAAGCAGAAGCAGAAAAGAAAAAGCCUAGAACCAGUGCUGCACAAAUCCGUGUUCAGAAAGACUUGGCUGAACUCGAUAUUCCUGAUACCAUUAAACUUGACUUUCCUGAUCCUUCCAACAUCCUUGCAUUCCAUGUGACUAUUCAUCCUGAUGAAGGAUUCUACACAAAUGGCUUGUUUCGAUUCACCUUUAAUAUCAAUAACAACUAUCCUCAUGAACCACCCAAAGUACACUGUACACAAAAGAUUUACCAUCCUAAUAUUGACUUGGAAGGUAACAUUUGUCUUAAUAUUUUACGUGAAGACUGGAAACCCGUGCUUUCACUACAAGCAGUCCUUGUGGGUUUACAAUACUUAUUUCUUGAACCCAAUGCAGAUGAUCCAUUAAACAAAGUUGCAGCAGAAGUAUUGAGGACCAAUCGAAAGUUAUUUGAAGAUCAUGUCAAGAAAUCCAUGGUGGGUGGUCAAUUGGAUGGUAUUCAAUAUGAUCAUGUAUUAGCCAAAUAAAACUCCGUUCAAUAGCCUAUAUAAAAAAAUAACCUUUUUUUUAUUUCUUAUUAUAUCUC